AUGGCGCGCUCUGAAAAGGGUCAUUUUCUGAUCAUAGGCGGCGGCUUUGCUGGGCUGGCUACCGCGAUUGAACUGAAACGGAAAGGUUUCAGUGCAGAAGUGUUUGAAACAGCUCCCGAGCUAAGUCUUAUCGGCGAUGUAAUCCAGAUAGGAUCAAGCGCAACUCGCAUCAUCUCGAAAUGGGGCGACACACUGAAAGGCGUCACAGAAUAUUCCAGCCGCCCGAAAACAAUGAGCAUUUACAAUUCGGCUGGCGAACUAGUUUUCGAUUCUCCAAUUUUGGCGGAUUAUGACGGCUUUCCCAUCCUGUUUUCGAACAGAUCAGGCGUCCAGAAAUGCUUUUACGAAUAUGCGCUAAGCAUUGGGGUCACAGUCCACUUGAAUACGCGCGUCACCGAAUACUUUGAAAACGAUGAGUGCGCGGGAAUUACCAUUGGCUCCAAGGAAUUCAAAGGAGAUGCCAUCAUUGCCUGCGAUGGCAUCCACAGCUAUGGUCGGCGCUAUGUCACGGGUAUCAAUCAGAUAGCACAGACCAGUGGCUUUUCUGUGUACAGGUCGUGGUUCCCGCUAGAGCGAUUGAGCCACGAUCCUCUGACCAAACAUUUUACAUCAUCCACCGAGGAAGAAUUGAUCAUGUGGGUAGGACGAGACACACACACCAAUCUUUUGGUUUUGCCUAAGCCUCAGGGCGCUGUCGUCUUCGUAACACACCCGGAUACAGACAAUGAGGCAUCAGAGUCUUGGAGUCGAAAGGGAAGUAUGGAAGAUAUGAUGAAGAAUGUGGAGGGCUGGGAUCCUAUCUGUCGUGCUGCUGUGGCGGCCGUACCACAAGAGGUGCUGAUUGAUUGGAAGUUGCUGUGGCGAGAUCCAACAAGGAAAUGGGUUUCUGACAAGGGUCGUGUGGUUCUUGUUGGAGACUCCGCUCACCCUCAUCUUCCAACAUCUGGCACCGGAGGCGUGCAGGCCAUCGAGGACGCCGCCACAUUGGUCGCAGUCCUGGAUAGCUUGGGAAAGGAGAAGAUCCCGCUGGCAUUUAGAGUCUUUCAGAAGUUAAGGUAUGAACGCACCAGUCUCACCCAGAGAAUGGGUUGGGAGACUCGACACCGAUGGCAUAAAACCGACUGGGAAGCUGUCGCUAAAGAUCCAGCCAUCAUGAAGAUGCCUCAGCCUACAUGGAUUUACGGCCAUGACGCUGAGAAGUACGCAUAUGAUCGAACCGCCGAAGCUGCUGAGAGUGUGGAGAAGGGCACCGCCUUCCAAUCUACCAACAUCCCAGAAGGACAUGUUCAUGAAGACUGGACGGUUGAAAUGAUGCUGGCCCUGGAGCAGGACGAAGUCCAGAAGAACUUUUACAAAGUUGCCAACGUUUAA